AUGUUACAGCGUUGCGCUGAAACCAGGGCUGGUCUCUUGCCGAGCUCGAGUCUCGGCCAGGACCGACUCGCGACGGUGGAUCGCCGAAGUUGGCCUUUCCAUGGCAGCGUAUACCAUCGGUCGACCGAUCGGUAUCUUAUAUGUGGCCGGGACGGAGCGAUGAGGAUGUCGGUCGUCUGUAUCGACGUGUCUAUCCGGUCCGAGAGCAGCCGAUCGACCUGGGAGACGUGGCGUCGGAAGAUUGAGAGCGAGCUUCUGGGAGGGAUGGAGCCGGCAACGGUGAAGUUUUCUUUCAUCCUGGGUGGCAUGUUCGUGGCGAUUCUGACUCUUGGACGUCGACGGGUGGGAAUUAUCCAGAGAGAAAGAAUAACGGUCCACCCACCUCAAAACACCAGAGAAGAUCUCUUGGACGGACAAACCUCGGCCGGAAAGACUCUCCAGGAGCUCUCACCAGGUUACAAAUGUGCCUUCCCCUCGUCUCACGAGCGCUGCUCAUUAGAAUUGGACGAUAUAUACUCGCUCACGGACCCGAGCACGAGAGAGGAGUUGCAGGCGGAUGUGGGCUUUUUGCUGAGUGUAAUCCAUGAUGAGACCAAACGCCUCAACGGCGACGCAAGCCGCAUUGUCUUAACGGGUAUCGGCCAAGUGUGCGCGACGGGUUCAAUCACCAUGCUGAAGGGGCAGUGCAAGCUAGGCGGCCUGGAGCGGGUGGAUGCCUUUCCGGGCGCAGAUCGAAGAGAUCGGUACGAAAGCAUCGAUGCAGCCUGCCAUGCGGGCGGGGUUGGAGGGAUUGUCCGAGUGGACGAUCGGUUUUGA